AUGGACCCACUACCAAUUUUUCUACUCUUUCCAGUCGCGCUGACAAUCUCAGGCAAAAGCAGUGUCACCAUCAAUAGUCAGAGCGAUGCGAACAAUCUGACCAAUUGUGAGACUCUACAGGGAAGCGUCACGAUUUCAUCCUCAGCCAGUGGAACCAUCACCUUGAGCAAUGUACAGGAGAUCAAGGGUUCAUUCUCGGUGGAGACCGGAUCGAGCAUCAAUAUCUUGGUCCUGCCGAAGCUGGAAACGCUGCAGGGUGCUUUGACGUUGGCCAACUUGGACUCGUUGACAUCUCUCACCUUGAAUGACCUCUCGCAAGCGUCGUCCAUCUCUAUCACCGGGAAUUCGAACUUGAAAUACCUCACACUCCCACAGCUCGAAGAAGUUGAUGGGGAACUGACACUUACUGGAGCUUUUUCAAGUGUAUCUUUGCCAUCGCUCGACCAAGUUAAAGGCUCAGCCACCAUCAGAGGCAGUAGUUCAAUGUCCUGCAGCGCAUUGGACAAUCUCAACUCCGACGAUGUUUUUAAAAGUUCUUAUUCAUGCUCGUCCGGUUCUUCGGGUAGCUCUCUCAGCGCAGGAGCCAAAGCUGGUAUCGCCAUUGCGGUCGUCGUGGUUGUCGUAAUCAUCAUCGUGAUGGUAUGGUUCUUUCUCCGGCGGCGACGACAACAAAGAGCGAAGAACAAUCGAUCCGUAUCUCCCGAAUCGCCAUCAUCGGAAGCAUCAGCCGAAAAGUCACCGCAACUACAGGAGGCAGUAGUUCCCGCUGGAGAACUGAAACCACCACUACCUCGUAAACCUGUGGGUCCGCAGGUUGCGCAGCUGGAUGGUCGCUCAAUAUAUGAAGCAUCGAGCCCUAUGUCACCGGCUACAGUCUAUCAUGAAAUGGAUGCCGGGCCGGUGGUUGGAAAUCACCAACGACCAAUUCACUCAGAAGCUUGA